AUGACGGAAGAGGAGUGGCGAAAGGAGAAAGAAGAGGAUGCAGAUGGGGACCCAGCCCGGCAUUACGUUCUCCGUCCGCCUAAUCUUGCAAGCGACAAGGAUAAGCACAACACGAACGAAGACAGCGAGGAAGACGAGGAGGCAACAGAUGAAGAAAGCGACGAAGACGAGGAGGCAACAGAUGAAGAAGAAGGACCAGAAAACGAGAGCGACGACGCGGAUUUCUUGUUCAAUCGGGACCAGACUCUAGACACGGAAACCAAGCUCAAGGUGCGCGAAGCGCUGAAAACCCGAUGGCAGGAAUCAGGCGCUCUUGAUCACUUUUGGCACAGCGGCGACCGUGAAGGGCCUUUCGGACUCCAGAAACAGAAAUCACGAUACUCAUCGCGGGAUCUGCAGUAUGAAGACUUCGUGUAG